CAGUGUUGCCGGAUCGUUGUAGGAGAAAACAUAUGAAAAUAUAAUUCGUAUUAACUUAAUUUAUUGGACUUGACAAAAAAUAAAAACAAUUCACAUCAAGUCCGUAUUGCUACGUAUACUGCAGUUUGGGUGCAUCAAGGCCUGGAACUGCCAAUCAAAGAGAUUAUAUACUAGUUUGCAUUAAAACUUUUAUUUCAAAUUAAGAACUUUUUGAUAAGUAAUUGUCAUGGAUUCGGCCACGAAUCUGUUGGAGCGCAAUCUCUCCGCUAGUGACUUAAAUGUCGUUGGCCUGGAUGGGGAACCCACCAUCAAUUUGGAUUCCUCGAAUCCAUCCUCGGUGGAGAUAGUGACAGCUACAACUGCCACAUUGCAUGGCAGUGAUGAUGCCACCGAAGAGGAUAUUUUUGAGGAGGUGAAAAUGAUUUUGCGCAAACGACGAGGCUGGGGAUUAGAGGACUCGCUUAGUGCCAACGACCUAGAUUUGCUGGAAUAUGAUGAUGAGCUUGGCGAGGAGGAUGAUGCUGGAUGCCCGCUGCCCUCAACACCUGAGGACACACAACUUAUUGAGGCUGAGAUGACGGAAGUGCUGAAGGCUGGUGUACUCUCCGACGAGAUCGAUUUGGGAGCACUGGCACACAAUGCCGCCGAACAAGCUGAGGAGUUCGUCCGUAAGGUCUGGGAAGCUAGCUGGAAGGUUUGUCAUUAUAAGAAUCUGCCCAAAUGGUUGCAGGACAACGAUUUCCUGCAUCGUGGCCACCGCCCACCGUUGCCCUCAUUUCGCGCUUGCUUCAAAUCCAUAUUCCGUUUGCAUACGGAAACCGGCAACAUCUGGACACAUCUGCUCGGCUGCAUUGCCUUCAUUGGCGUGGGAUUGUACUUUGUUUCGCGACCAUCUAUCGAAAUACAAGCUCAGGAAAAGAUCGUAUUUGGCGCAUUCUUUAUGGGGGCCAUUAUCUGUUUAGGAUUCUCAUUCGCUUUUCACACACUAAGCUGUCACUCGGUAGAGAUUGGAAGACUGUUCUCAAAACUAGAUUAUUGUGGCAUUGCGCUGCUUAUCAUGGGCUCCUUUGUGCCUUGGCUAUAUUAUGGCUUCUAUUGUCAUUUUCAACCGAAGGUUAUAUAUCUCUCAGUGGUUUGUGUGCUGGGCGUUCUCUCCAUUGUUGUCUCUCUAUGGGAUAAGUUCUCGGAGCCGGGGCUACGUCCAUUGCGUGCUGGGGUAUUCAUGAGCUUUGGCCUGUCUGGAGUUAUUCCAGCAGUGCACUACAGCAUCAUGGAGGGUUGGUUUAGUCAGAUUAGUCGUGCCAGCUUGGGCUGGCUGAUUCUAAUGGGUCUUUUGUACAUAACGGGCGCCUUGCUGUAUGCUUUACGUGUGCCCGAACGUUGGUUCCCUGGAAAGUUUGACAUUUGGUUUCAAUCGCAUCAACUGUUCCACGUGCUUGUCAUUGCUGCUGCCUUUGUGCAUUAUCAUGGCAUUACCGAGAUGGCCAUGUAUCGUGUCAUGUAUAGCGAAUGUACUGUUCCCACUGAGCCGAUAACCUUCUAGAAGCUGCUGUUGAUACCAAGGAUACAAUCAUAUUUAUAUAAACACCCACACACAUACUCCUCAGAGACACACUUAAUAUUCACCCACACACACACACACCAUACCGCACACACACACACACACACACACACAUUCAAGCAUACACAUAAAAGAACAAUUUGUCGAUUUAGCGCAGUUUUACAAUGCAACCAUUUUUAGCGUGUUUGGUGAGCAUUUGUACCUUGUUAUACGAAUUAUAGAUAUAUACCAACUCUCCUAUCAUAUUCAAAUUGUGCCCAAAAAGAAAAAGAUCCACAAAUUUCAUAGCUAAACAAAAAAGAAAGAAAUCAAUUAAUUGUCGAAUUAAAUCUUUAGUAGCUAUAUUAAAAAGUAUGUAGAAAUAUUUAUGGAAUUCCAUUUAUUAAUUUUGUUUAUUACAUUAUCAUUUACAUUAUCGUUUUAGUUCAAUAAACAUUGGGUAGUACAGAAA